AUGUCUGGCGAAGAAUCCAGCCUCUCAAAACGUAGAAGAGUUGCGAGAGCCUGUGAUACAUGCAGACGCAAAAAGGUUCGUUGUGACGGUGUACAGGCUGGAUCCGAUCCUCCGUCUUGUACGAACUGUAAAGCUUAUGGAUAUGAAUGUGCCUUUAUAGAUGCACCCAAGAAACGGGGACCACCAAAAGGCUACAUCGAAGCAUUAGAAACGAGGCUUCAACGAAUGGAGUCAAUACUUGGUGGAUUGGUUCAAUCCGGAGAAUUACCGGAAGGCGCAAUUUCAUCAAAUCUUGAAUGGAUUAAUGUGAACGAAACAAAUUUCAAUGGUGGGGAAACUGUCGUUGGAAAAUCCGGUCAAGAAUCUCGUGGUACGCACAGAUCGUAUGAAGGUGGAUCCAAGAGUUCUUCAUCUUUGGCAUUAUCUUCAUCUCAUCGAACAGAUGGAUAUUCACGACACAAGAAAACAUCGAAUUCCAGUCGUUAUAGUGGUCAUAGAUCUCAUUCAAAUAGCGAAGAUUCCGAUCAAUCAUCUUCCGACAACAGUAAUCAAGAAUAUGGAAGUAAUUAUGAUCUGAACGAUAGUAUGGGUCAGUUGGCGAUUGAUGAAACUGGUCAAACACGAUAUCUGGGGAAUAGUUCAGGAAUUUUUUUACUCAAAAUCACCAACAAGGUGGCGAACGGUCAAAUCAUUACUGUACCACGUAGUGAAUGUCAUAGUAAAGUGGAUUUGAAAUCGGCUGUGUUUGAAUUGCCGCCUCGAGAAUUAUGUGAUCAAAUGUUGGACACUUACUUCGCCCGAAUUCACCCUUAUAUGCCUUUUAUCGAUCCGGUUGAUUUACGAGAGAAAUACGAAAAUCUUUCAAAUAAUUCUUCAAUAUUAAUUUUACUUUACGCGAUAUUCGCGAUUUCAUCACGAUUCAUUGAUCAACCCGCCGUUCGCGAUGGAUUCUUCGAACGUGCCAAAGAAUUACUCAAAGAUGAAUUCGACGAUGCACAAUUGAGCACUCUACAAGCACUUUUAAUUAUGGCUGCGUAUCAACAAGGGGCGAAAAAUUCACGAACUUGGAUAUAUACAGGUUUGGCCAUUCGUAUCGCACAAGAUAUGGGAUUACAUCGUGACUCCGCGAAAUGGAGUCUCGAUGAAAAACAGACCGAAGUGCGAAAACGUGUUUGGUGGUCUUGUUAUAUGUCUGAUCGCUUUAUUAGUGCGGGAUUGGGUCGACCGAUGAUUAUCAACGAGUCGGAUUGUGAUGUUCCAUUCCCUACACCUGGCGCAUUACCAAAAGAUGAACCAGAAUCAGUAGAUGCAUGGGUGAGAACAAUAAAGUUAACACAAAUUCUGGGACGUGUCUUAUCACACAUCUAUGGAAUAAAAUCAAAGCACACCACACAUGCUGCAAUGGACUCUGUUCUCGCUACCUUGGAUGCGGAGCUCAACAAAUGGCGUGAUGAUCUUCCAUCCGAUUUACAAUAUGAUCCAUCAAUGACUGUUGGUGAUCCAAUGAAUCAAAGACGCGGAGUCAUGCAUCUAAUGUUCUACACUAUUCAAAUAUUGUUACAUCGACCACACAUUCGAGGGCCUAAAUCAAAGGCACCGCCCUCCUCAAUUCCCUCCCUCACUAUAUGCACGAUGGCGGCAAGUAAUAUCACCCAUAUUGCAUAUCGAGCAAUGAAAGAAGGGAAAUUAAGACUUGCCUGGAAUUUCACGCUAUAUUUCUUUUUCACCGCGUCUGUUAUGCAUGUCAUUAAUGCGUUAAGUGGUGAUGAUCGAUUCCGUGAAGUAGCAAAACAUGGACUGCGCAUGUCUCUGAAAUGUUUGGAGUAUUUGAAAUCUUAUUGGUUUGGGUCCGAAAAAUGCAUUCUGGUAAUACGAGAUUUAUUACGUGUACGGAAUAUUAAUCUUGACGGAUUUAAUCCCAAUGGAACGGAACAUAUUAAUGAAUCAAAAAGAGAUAGCGAAGAAACGUUCAAAACGGAUGGAAAUGUUGUCAUGUGUAUGCGAGAUUGUGAAUCUCGAACAGUUCCUAACAGUAAUCAUAAAGUUACAUUUGCACCAUCAUCUCCUUCAUCAUCAACACCUGGAAUAACCGCAACCACAACCGACGAAUAUAAUGCCGCUAUCAUGCAACAAAUGGCUGCCGCCGCUGCAGCACAACAACAACAACAACAACAAUAA